AUGGGGGGAAACGUGUUUGAAUUUAUACCAUUGUACCAUCAAAAUGGAAGUGGAAGAGAAAUAUGUCAUUGGAUAACACAUAUCAAGUUGUCAAGGAUCAUAGUGUUAACUUCUGCAGUUCUAUUUAUUGUACCACUAUUUACUCAUUAUUAUUUGUCAAAGGUGGAAUCUGAUUCUUCAGACAGAGAUAUUUAUCGCACUUUUUCCACACUGGAAGCUUUUGAAGAUUUUACUGCUAUGAAAGCUGCUCAAUUGAAAAUGAGAAUUGAAGAAAUGAUACGUAUAAAAGUUUCUGUAAAUAACGAGCUCAGGGACUUGAGUUCGAAAAGACAGAAACUUCAAGUUGAAGUCAGUAGUUUAACUCAAAAGAUAGAUGAACUGAAGCAAGAGUUGCUUCAUCAACAGACAGAUCUUGACAGAUUAAAAAUCAGUGUUGAACAGGCACAAGUGGCUCAGAGGGAAGCAGUGGAAAGGAAUACACCAGAAUUGGCACCUCCCAAGCGUAUAUUAAUAGCUUCUGCUCCUGUAGUAUUACCAAGUACUGCACCAUAUUUAUGCAGAAUGUACAAUUGUUUUGAUCAUAGUCGUUGUGCAUUAACAAGUGGUUUUCCAGUCUAUUUGUAUGAUCCAGACCAGUAUUCGGUUGUAAAUCCUGGCUGGGAUGUAGAUGGGUUUUUGAAAACUACCAUAAAACAAACACUAGGAUACAAUCCGCAUCUAACUGUAAAUGCAGCUGAAGCUUGCAUAUAUGUAGUCCUCAUAGGAGAAGCCCUUUCUGCUCAACAAAGAGUUGAUAAGAAAUAUAGGAAGCCUAUAGAUGUAAAAAAAUUACACGCACUUCCUUAUUGGGGUGGAGAUGGUAGAAAUCACAUUUUAUUAAAUCUCGCACGUAGAGAUCUGUCUGUAGAAUCUGGCAAUAUUUUUAGUGAUAUAGACACUGGAAGAGCUAUAAUAGUGCAAUCAACAUUUUAUAGAAAUCAAUUUCGCGAAGGUUUUGAUCUGGUUGUUCCUCCAAUUUUGGGACCCCCAGGUGGUGAUGUAUGGCAAGAAUGUGCUCAAAUCUUACCCGCGAGAAGGAAGUAUUUAUUGUCUUUUCAAGGGGAAAUGAGAUCUUCAAAAGCAACAACCAUGACACAUCAGAUUGAUGAUGCUGAUGUAGAUUUAGAAAGAUUAUCAGUCGAUGAGAAUAAUCUUGAUGCUUUUAUUAUCCAACAUCUCAAAGAUAUGAGCACUGGAAUGACCUUGGAUAAAUUCUUUAUUCAAUUCGAAUGUAUACCAGCUUCGGAGGAAAAAAAUGUGGUUCAAAUUCUUGACUGGUCUCUCUGUGGAACAGAUUCUUCGAGGAAAGCUAUUUUAAAGGAGUCUACGUUCGUCUUGAUUCUAGCACCCAGCAAUGCUUCUUUUGUAACUACGUCGUCUAUGCAAGCUAGAUUAUACGAAGCUUUACGGUCGGGUUCCAUUCCAGUUUUCUUGGGCGGUGAUCAAAUUUUAUUGAGUUAUAAUGAAGUCAUUAGUUGGCGCAGAGCUGCAAUUUUUUUGCCCAAGGCUAGAGUAACGGAAAUGCAUUUCCUGCUGCGCGCCGUGCCCGACACUGAUCUCUUGAGUAUGCGUAGACAGGGCAGAUUGAUAUGGGAACGGUAUCUGAGUACAGCACAAGGUGCAGCAGAUACUAUUGUAGCAGUUAUUAGGGAUCGACUGGGUAUACCUCCAUUACCAGCACCACAAACUGCCAGUCCAAGUGUCUUUAACGAAAGCUUUGUGCCUUUAAAAUCUGAUGCCAUUAUUGCCGAGCCGGAAGCGGAAGAAAGUUUGGGUCCUUUGGAACCACCUUAUCCAUCUCCUGCUUUUAAGAGAAACUAUACCACGAUGUUACUUCAGAGUCAUGAGAUUUGGAACGAUUGGGUAGAUCCAUUCUAUUUAUAUCCACAAUUGCCUUUUGACAUCGUACUUCCUAGUGACGCGAAAUUUCUUGGAUCCGAUGUGGGAUUCAGGCCAAUUGGCAAAGGUGCAGGAGGUGCGGGUAAAGAAUUCAGCGAAGCUUUGGGUGGAAAUUAUCCACGAGAACAAUUUACAAUUGUGAUGUUAACUUAUGAACGAGAACAGGUCCUUAUAAACUCAUUGGCGCGUCUGUACGGAUUACCAUAUUUAAAUAAAGUUCUUGUAGUAUGGAAUAGUCCAAAACCACCAGUGGAAGAUUUAAAGUGGCCAGAUAUUGGAGUCCCAAUUCAUGUCAUAAAGGCUCCAAGGAAUAGUUUAAAUAAUAGAUUCCUGCCAUUUGAUGUUAUCGAAACUGAAGCUGUUCUUUCAAUUGACGAUGACGCUCAUCUAAGACACGAUGAGAUUAUGUUUGGAUUCAGAGUUUGGAGAGAACAUCGAGAUCGUGUAGUUGGAUUUCCCGGUCGCUUUCACGCAUGGGACCAGAAUUAUCAUAACGCAUGGAAUUAUAAUUCUAAUUACUCGUGUGAGCUAUCAAUGGUUUUGACUGGAGCUGCAUUCAUUCAUAAGCAUUACACAUAUCUGUACACUCAUUGGUUACCGCAAGCCAUACGAGAUAAGGUUGAUGAAUACAUGAAUUGCGAGGAUAUUGCCAUGAAUUUCCUCAUAUCUCACAUCACAAGAAAACCACCUGUCAAGGUCACAUCGCGUUGGACUUUUAGGUGUCCGGGCUGUCCAGUUUCUCUCUCAGAGGAUGAUACGCAUUUCCAGGAAAGACACAAGUGCAUUAAUUUUUUCUCUCAGGUUUUCGGAUAUAUGCCUCUCUUAAACACUCAAUAUCGAGCCGACUCGAUAUUGUUUAAAACGAGGAUACCGCACGAUAAACAGAAAUGUUUUAAAUUUAUAUAAAUAACUAAUUUGUACAUAGAUAUG